GGUGACUAUUUCUGUUACAGAAUGAAGAAACAGAAUUAAGAAGAUUAUCAUUUAAAUUUUGAAUGGAGGUGAAUUCUCUCAAAAUGCAGUAUACUGUAAAGCAAGAUGUCUGACGAAGGAAAGCUUUUUGUGGGUGGUCUUAACUUUGACACGAACGAACAGUCCCUGGAAUCCGUCUUCUCCAAAUAUGGGCAGAUCUCCGAAGUUAUUGUAAUUAAGGACCGGGAGACACAGAGGUCAAGAGGGUUUGGUUUCGUCACCUUUGAAAAUCCUGAUGAUGCAAAGGAUGCUAUGUUAGCUAUGAAUGGAAAGUCUGUUGAUGGGCGUCAGAUUAGGGUAGAUCAAGCUGGAAAAUCCUCUGGAGAACGGUCCAGAGGCUACAGGGGUGGAAAUGCAAGUAGUCGUGGAUUUUUCCGUGGAGGAUCUGGGCGUAGAGCCCGUGGGUUUUCUAGAGGUGGAGGAGAUAGAGGGUACAUGGCACGAUAUGAUUCAAGAAGUGGUUAUUCUGGAUCAAGAGACUACUAUAACAGAGAUAGGAGUCAAGGGAGCUAUGGCGGCGGUGGUUCCUACAGGGACAGUUAUGAUAGUUAAGCUACACAACGAAUAAAUAAAUCUUCCUGACUCAAGAUCGUCCUUCCUAUGGCUGUAUUUAUAAAGAUUUUCGGAGCUUCGUGGAUUCGUAUUGUGUGCUUGUAUUCUCACUGACUUGUAGUAAUUCAGUUUGGCCUUGUUAAUCACAGCCUGACAGCUUCUGACAUGAGGAUGCACACUAAGUGUUGGUUUGGUAAUAUUGGAAUUAAACAAUGAAAUAAUAAGCAUUCUCAGGCAGAUGGCAGAGCCCUCAAUAUUUUUCUUAGUAAUAUUUUGAGGUUUUCAUUUUACUUUAGAACCAUCUUGUUUUUGUCUUUGCUCAAAUACUUCCUGUAAAGUCUAGUUAUUUUGGAAAUGAAGUUGCGGGGUUGACUGGAAUUCUAGUAAAACAAACAUGUAAAAGGGGCUUAUAGUGUGUUCUCAAUCUAUUUUUAUGCUAAGCAAACUGAUGUUUUAUAGAAGCUGAACAAGCUGUGGUCUUUGUUUCGAAAUAAAGGCUUUUAUAGCCACUUAUUCUUGUUUCAUUUUUAAAAAAAUGUCAUCUGAAACGUUCCUUUAGUGUAGCAGGGUAGGAAAGCAACAUUGGAACGGAAGAUGUCCUCUGUCUCUCAAAUCGUCUUGAUACUGCUGAAGAUAAAAGGCUUCAUUUUUAACUUGUGAUUGGACUUUUGUGCAUCUUUCAGUAGUUUCAAGAGUUCUGUACACUGUAAAUAAUCAGUUAAUCAUGUUCCAAAUUCUUCAAAAUUUACAAAUGAAGUCCUGAGCAAUGUACCUUUAUAAAUUGACAUGUAUUGGAUGAGAAAUAUUUGAAAAUGGCUUUCUUUGUGUUGUAUGUUCAAGUGGUUUAGAGUUGACCUUUUGUACUGAAACAGGCUUCACGAAGCCUCAUUAAACAAAAUACGUGACUCAUAACCCUGAUCUUUCUGUAGUUGGAUUCUUAUGGGAUGGGAUGUAGUAGAAAGGGUAUAGGUAUAGAUUAAUUUUGCAAUCCUGUAAUGUUAAAAGUAGUUGGAAGGUCAAUUUUAAAAAUUGGUGAUAUUAGGAGCUAGUUUGAGCAAGCAACAAAGUCUUUAAUUGCUAUUCAAUUAUAAAUAUAAAACCACAGUUGAUGCCCUCCUUAGUUUGAAAGUUAAUUGAUGAGAUGAUUGCCAGUUUAGGAUUGAGCAACCUGUGGCAAAGGCUUUUUCAGAUACUCUAUAUUGUAAUGUUUUUAUUGUAUAGAAUAUAACACACUGUCAUAAGGUAUCAAUCAGUUGACCUAAAUUGAAAUCAGAAUGGUCCCUUUUCAACAGUUGUUUGCAUUCUAAUCAUUACUACAGUUCCAGUUUUCCCAAGUAACUGGCAUGCCUGAGGUAAUUGCCACGAUUAUUGGUUAUUUGAAAUUAUUCCUUAGGUUGGAUGUUGAAUCUGUUGUACUUGCCUUUCAUUUUAGAUCAUUGUUUUCAAAGCAGGGUUAUGAGGAAAAGUGCAGUUGAGGAUAAUCAGAUUAGCCAUGAUCUCGUUGGCAGAGCAGACUCCAAUUGAAUGGUCUACUUCUGCUCCCUUGUCUUAUGGUCUUAUAAAUAGCUUAUGUUUGUAGUGGUAAUUUUCUUCAUUACUUUAUGCAAAAGGGUAAAUUUUGAAUGGGGAAUGUUGACAUAUUAGUUUGAAAAGAGCUACUUCUGGUGCCAGCUAUCAAAAGGCUGUCUUUCUGUUGAAGAAUUUUGUUUUUUUUUUAUCUUUUUUCCCUUUUCAUGUUUCUCAAAAACUGAUAGCUUUAUUGUGACCUACUUGCAUUGAAUAAUUGAUUACCAAAUGGAAAAGUUCCAUUCCAAAACUUACUACUUUAUGGCUGACGUGAUAAUACUACUACUAGCGGCUGGAUGAUGUAUGAAAGUUUCUUUUUUUUUAAAGAGUUCAGUUAUCAGAAACAUCAGGAUAAAAGUUAUCAACAUUUCACAAACUGUCUCUGUUGCUAUAAAAUUGGGCACAGCUAAAUUAGGUGCAAAUGUCUGUUCAGAAAGGUAUUCAAGUCCAUUUAAAGAUUUUUAUAACGCUUCACAACU